AUGGCCUCAAGAACCAUUAUCAUUGACCAUGGGUCUGGCUUUCUGAAGGCUGGUUUGUCAGGUUGGAAUGAACCCCAGAUGGUUUUCCCGAGCAUCGUAAACUACAUACCAUGCCAGGAGAACCCUGGUCCCAGCUACGCCCGGAGACGCGUGAGUCUGGGCAUCGACAUCUUCCGUCCAGACACCUUCAGCUACCCCAUAGAGCGUGGCCGUGUGCUCAAUUGGGAAGGCGUGGAGCACAUCUGGUCAUUUAUCCUGGAGAAGCACAGACAGGAGCAUGAAGACUCUCCAGUGUUGAUCACAGAGAGCCCCCUAAGGGAGCCUUCAGACCGUCAGAAGACCCUGGAGAUUAUGUUCGAACUCCUGGAUGUUCCCUCUGUCCUCCUGGCUGACCAGCUGGAGAUGUCACUGUAUUCCUCUGGCCUCCUGACCGGCGUGGUGGUUGAUUCUGGAUAUGGCCUGACCCGUGUGAAGCCUUUCCACCUGGGUCUCCCGUUGCCCUCAAGCUGUAAGACAGUAGAGUUUGCUGGCCAGGAUCUCUCUGCCUAUCUCUUUAAGAGCCUCUUUAAGGAAGAGUGUGACCAACACAACCUGUUUCAGCUGGAGACGGUCGCCACGACACAGAUGAGCAAGUGCUAUGUGCCACAGAAUUUGGCAGAGUCGCUGGAUCUUUGUCAGAGCCUGCCCAGUGGCUCUGACGAGAGCAACAGCUACCUGCUCCCCGACGGCACCCCAGUGGAGCUGACACCCAUGCAGCGGCUUGCUCCUGAGAUGUUCUUCAGUCCCCAGGUGUAUGACCUGCCAGGGCCCAGCAUCUCUCAGGCCUUCAUGGAAGCUAUGGAGACCUGUGACACCUCGAUUCACCCGUUGCUGAUGUCCCAUGUGAUGGCCUGUGGGGGGAACACCCUAUACCCUGGUUUCACCAACCGCUUGUACAAGGAGCUGACCACUGAUCACUUUUCGUGCACUAAGCCCACGGUCUGGGUUGGUUCCGGUCGCAACUUUAGCGUCUGGCUAGGAGCAUCUGUAGUGGCUCAUCUUUCUAGUUACAGGUCCCAGUGGAUGACCAGAGAGGAAUAUGAUGAAAGCCUGAGGCUGUGA